AAAAGGAAAUAAACAACAUGGCGGACUCCUCUAGUUCAGGCGUAACCGGACUCUCAAUUCUUGGUCGCAUAAAAGUUUGGUUAUGUCGCUGCUGGGCCUACGCCUGGGUGUUGGUAUUCCCGGCAGUGCUGGUCCUUCUUUAUCAUCUGCGAGCGACGCUUCGGUUCUAUGAAAAUGCGCUUUCCGUGACGUCGUUCAUCAGCACCUUGACGCCAAAGUUCUACGUUGCCCUAACAGGCACAUCCUCGCUUAUUUCUGGCAUGAUAUUGAUUUUUGAGUGGUGUUACUUUAAGAAGUACGGAACCUCUUUCAUUGAGCAAGUAUCUGUCAACCAUCUGCGUCCCUUAAUGGGAGGGAUUGAACCUGGAGCUUCUUCAGAGGGUGUUUUCUCAAGCACAGGAGAAAAUGAAUUCAGCAGGCAGAAUGUGUCAGAGUGCAAAGUGUGGAGAAACCCAUUAAAUCUUUUCAGAGGAGCCGAGUACAACAGGUACACAUGGGUUACUGGAAGAGAACCUCUCACAUACUAUGAUAUGAAUCUGUCUGCUCAUGAUCACCAGACAUUUUUUACAUGCGAUACCGACACCUUGCGACCAUGUGAUGCUGUUAUGCAGAAAGCAUGGAGAGAACGAAGUCCUCAAGCAAGGAUCAAAGCUGCCUAUCACGCCUUGGAAGCACACAGCGACUGUGCUACGGCAUAUAUUCUAUUGGCUGAAGAAGAGGCAACCACAAUAUCAGAUGCAGAAAGGUUAUUACAGCAGGCACUGAAAGCUGGAGAAUCUGCCUAUAAAAAGUCUCAACAGCAGCAACAUAUGACUGUACAACAUGAAGCACAGCACAGAAGAGACACCAAUGUGAUGGUUUACACAAAGAGGAGGCUGGCCAUGUGUGCAAGAAAACUGGGAAGAAUAAAAGAAUCUGUAAAAAUAAUGCGAGAUUUAAUGAAAGAGUUUCCUCUUCUCAGCAUGGUAAAUAUCCAUGAAAACUUGCUGGAAGCUUUGCUGGAAUUACAGGCGUAUGCAGAUGCGCAGGCAUUGUUGGCAAAAUACGAUGAUAUCAGUCUCCCAAAAUCAGCAACAAUCUGUUACACGGCAGCAUUGCUAAAGGCCAGGGCUGUCUCUGAAAGAUUCUCUCCUGAAGCUGCCUCCAAGCGAGGGCUCAGUACAGCAGAAAUGAACGCAGUGGAGGCCAUUCAUCGAGCAGUAGAAUUUAAUCCUCACGUUCCAAAGUAUUUACUAGAAAUGAAAAGUUUAGUUAUGCCCCCGGAGCACAUAUUAAAACGGGGAGACAGUGAAGCUGUAGCAUAUGCCUUCUUUCACCUCCAACACUGGAAGAGAAUAGACGGUGCUCUGAACUUGCUGCACUGUACAUGGGAAGGCACAUUUAGAAUACUCCCAUAUCCUCUAGAAAAGGGUCAUCUCUUUUAUCCCUACCCUGGAUGCACUGAGAAUACGGAUAGAGAACUUUUGCCCACAUUCCAUGAUGUUUCCGUGUACCCUCAGAAGGAGCUCCCUUUUUUUAUUCACUUUACGGCUGGGCUCUGUUCUUUUACGGCGAUGCUGGCUCUUCUAACACACCAGUUUCCAGAGCUCAUGGGCGUUUUUGCAAAAGCUUUCUUCAUGACACUGCUUGCUCCGUUCAGCAUCUUAAUGGAUAAGAUUGAGAGUGUCAUACCAUCUGCCUUCUGGCAUCAGCUGACCCGGAUGUAACCAAUGCCUACUUGAUUCUUGUCGGUAGAGAAGGAAGUAGACAAUCAAGGCCACAGUGAAGGUGGAUUGUUCUUUCAGAUCCUACCACUUUGUCUUAAAGUCUGGAAAAAAAAGCUACGAGUUUGAAAAACCAAAUGCAAUAUAGCUCCAAACUACAGAUUGCUGAAGAAACUGGGAAACUUGACAAACAGUUGUAUAAUAAAAAAGCUAGGCAUUUGUUUUAUAGAAAAUAUUUAAUUCUGAGAGAGAAAAAUUCUAAAAUCACAGAUUACUACUGAAAUUGUAAUGCCCAUCUGAAAAUGAUCACAAUGUUUCUAUGCCUCUAUGGGCUAUCCUAAGCAAUUAUUAAUUCUAUUUAAACUAAAAUAAAUAUACUUAAUGUUGUGCA